AUGAAUUACAAGACGGAUUAUCUCACCAGAGACAUUAGCCAUCACUCCGAAGCCGAGCAGGGCUUCUCAGACCCAGUUCCCGGCCACUCCGUGGCUGUCGCGCGCCCCGCCGCCAACGCGUCUUUCGAGACUGACAAAACAGAAAGACCCGUCGUGGCAAUGGCGCCCGGCUCGUGUCUUUUCAGCACCUGCUUGGCGCCGGGCACUGUCGCACUGUCAAUGAACGGUGUCCACGCCAUGCAUAGUGGCUCUACGUCCCUUUACCGAGAUGAAGAGACGCAAGACAAGGAAAAGCGCAAGGCGCAUCGAGCAAUGAGCGGUCGCAUGGCCGGUGGAGAAUAUGCUCAUCCUAGGACCGGCGUUGGGCUACGAGAGCGACGAGACCAGAAGAAGCGCAAGGCGCUUUCAGUUAUGAAUAGCCACAUGACCAUCCGUCACCAUGGCAGCAUCACUGAGCAGCGGGGUUCUGUUGAGCAGCAGGGCUCCACUCUUCUCAGGGCUGUACGAAGCAGUCGCCUCAACGACCAAUUCUCCACCCAGCACUGGGCCGUCCCUGUGCGCUUGCAAUGGGGUAUAUCGCAUUACACAUUCCUGCAAUGUACUAUCGCUUCCUGCAACCAUUACGACGAAGAUGGACACAAGAAGAAGAAGAAAUGCAAGAUGCUUCGAGCGACGAGCAGCCCCAUGGCCAUCCGGAAGCUACAUAUGCUAGACCUGGUAGUGUGCGGUGCUGGUCUUUGUUUACACAGAGUGUGUCGGAUCGCACAUUCCUGCGAUCUCUCACCGUUUUCGUCUUUGUCUUCGUCCGUUAUGAAAGUGGCGAACGGGCCCAGAGAAGAGAAGAGUGAGGCUCUUCCAGGGAUGUGA